AUGGAGGCCACAGGCAGAUGGCAGUUUGCGAAAUUCGCAUGCCUCAUAACCCUUGCUGUGGCUGAAGAAAACCUCACAGCGCCGGCGCAGAAAGCACGGGGCAGCUGCCAGUCCUUUGGUUGUUCCAAUGAGUUUCGACCCUACCAGAGCUGUCAGUGCAACGACAAGUGCGAGGGCUACGGAAACUGCUGUAAUGACUUCAGGGCCUGUUCUGGCAGCUGUAAGUCUCUUGGCUGCCCUUCCGAUUACCAGGCAAGUCGUAUCUGCCAAUGCAACACCCAAUGCGAAGCCUUUGGGAACUGCUGCGCAGACUACAAGGCCUGCAAGGGGUCUCCAUCAUCUCCAGCACAGCCAGUGGCACAACGAGGACAGGGUGCAACGUGCCCCGGCACGAUCGAGCUGCGCGGACAUGGCUCCAUGCGCCUGUCGAAUGCAUACUGGGACAAGCCCAAUGAGCCGGCUGGCAAGGUGAGGCUCCAGAAUGGAGCCAUCGAGGUCUUCAUGAAGGGGCGGACUUACUUCUCAGACGUCUGCCAGACCGGUAAGUUCUCCAACCAGCAUUACAGCAGCUUGCAGCUGCUUGGCAAACGCAUGCGAUGGACCACAGAUGUCUCCAACGCUGAAUGUGGCUGUAAUGCCGCUGUGUACCUCGCCUCCCUGCCUCAGAAUCGUGAAGUCUCCGGCUGUGAGGAUUACUACUGCGACGCGAACAGCGUCUGUGGAGUGCGAUGCGCCGAGAUCGAUCUGCAAGAGGCCAACAAGCACGCCUUCCACUCUGUGCUGCACCUCGCGCAGGAUGGCUCAGGCAAGGGUUCUGGGUAUGGUGGUGGAUCCACAUGGAAUUCGCACCGGGACUGGACUCGGCAGCAGUAUGGGCCUGGAGGCCGCUGCAUCGACACCCGCAGGCCUUUCCAGGUGGAGGUUGGUUUCCCCACAGAUGGGCGGGGCCGCCUGCGUGCGUUGACCACACGUUUGUCACAGAGCGGAGGUGGUUGUGACCUGUCAGCUGAAAUCUCUGCCGAGUCCUACCGGUUCGGUGGAAGCUCCAGUGUGGAGGAGCUCACUCAGGCUUUGGCUCGUGGCAUGACACCCAUCGUUAGCUACUGGAGCGCACCAGAUAUGCUUUGGAUGGAUGGCAAAGGAGCAGACGGGCUCGGGCCCUGUGCCCGGGAUGAGCCGCAGCGCUGCGGCGACUCCGCAAGGUUUUGGGAUUUCGCCGUCGAGAACUUGUGGGAGCGGCUAAUUUAA